UGCUGGUAGAUGGCGGUAUGUAUGGGACAUGUAGGCGUCUGUGUUUCCUAAAGGUCUUCCUCUCAAAAAAUGGAAAGUUUCCUAGAUAGAAAAGAUCAAACCGAUAUUUCAUCCUAUAGAGAAAAACUAAUACUUUUAAAAUACAGCGCUGUGAAAAAUGGGCUGAGUCCAGAACUGAUGUGUAAGGUGAUCAAAGAAAGUAUGGAUGAGCAGCGUGGAAAAAAGAAAGAAAACAAACUGCAAAGGCAUCUACUAGUUAUAAUAUGUGUAUGUUGUAUUCUUCUAGGUGUAAUACUUCAAAGUGAUUUAUUUAAAUCCAGAUGUGCAGUGCCUAAUAACUAUUUAGUGAUGGAAAUCACACGACCUCUUACAGACUGCAAAAUCUGCAGAGAUGUUGACAGAGUAAUUGUUUUUGAAAAUGUGACCAAAGCUACUUUUGCCAAAUAUGCUUAUUCGGGAAAGCCCAUGUUAGUUCGAGGUGCCACUACCAAUUGGACGGCUCUGAAUUAUUUUAAUUUUAGUUUUUUUAAGCAAUUAUACGAAAAUGUAGAUGAUGCUUAUCAAAGUGUGGAAGAAGAGUGCCAGUUCUUUCCUUACAAGACAGAUUUUCUAUCUUUAGAAGCUGUCUUUGAUAUGCCUGAAGAACAAGCUUAUAUGACAGGUCCUAAUGCCAAAACUUGGUAUAUUGGAUGGAGCAAUUGUAACCCCGAAGUAGCAUCCAUACUUCGACAACAUUACUCCAGGCCAUUUUUCUUGCCAGACGAUUCUGAAUCGAGUGCAAUUGAUUGGAUAUUUAUGGGAUAUUCUGGACAAGGAGCAAGUAUGCAUUUAGAUUAUGUUCAAAGACCUUCUUGGCAAGCCCAGAUUUCGGGAACCAAGUCUUGGCAUUUAUUACCACCACCAGAAUGUGAAGCGGAAUGUAAGGCAAUAGAGAUCACUGUUAGGAAAGGUGAUAUAAUAUUAAUAGAUACCAAUCAAUGGUAUCACGAGACUUUCAUUCAUCCUGGUGAAAUCAGUAUAACUAUUGGUUCGGAAUAUGAUUGAUUACUUCACGAUAGGUUUUGAUAAAGAGAUCAAGGAGAAAAUUAAUCAUGCCACAAAAUGUUUUAAUCAUGCCAAGUUGCAAAUCUAGUUGAUGUUCUGUUGUAAAUAUUGUAUAUUUGAAAGUUGUCUUUAAGUGUUUUUUAGAUUUUAUACAUAUUCAAAACUGCAAUUGAGAUCUGUUGAGAGUUAUUUCUAUUGUAAGAUUUUUAUAUGCAAAAUCAAAUUUUACAUUAUAUGAGAUAAAUUAGUUCCUUAUUUUAUAAAGUAUUUAUAUUUAAAAAGAAACUUUCUCAGAUAAUUUGCAAAUGGAAAACAUUGCAUAUAUAAUAAUAAUCUAUGAUAUAUCUCAAGAUACAAUAAUAUAUGUUUUAUUCUCAUAGGAUAAACUUUUUAUAAAAAAGAAAAUAUAUUUUUAUUGCAAAAAAUUGCAAUCAUCAUCAAAAUUUUAGUAAAAUGUGAUUCAAGAUAUUCUAUUUUCACAUAAAGUGCAAUUUUUUACAUUGUGAAUACAUUAUGGUAUCAAUAUAUUUAGUAUUUAUUUUAUGUAUGUAAAAUUGUCAAAGGUGCUAUAGAAGCAUUGUAUGAAUUAGUCUUCAAAGUACAAGAAUAAAUCUCAGGCUAGACAAAAUAUUUUAUAUUUUACCAUUCAAU